AUGCAAGAGAACAUUUGUGUGGGCUGCACCAAUGAGUUGAACCUGAAGGAUGAGCUGCUGCAGUUCUACAACGCAGCAGAGGAGAGUGAGGACGAAUCCACAGGCUCCCCAACGAGGAGUAAGCUGGGAGGAGCCUCUGGCGGGUGUGGAUCCAACACCCUGCAGAAGAAACUGAAGGAGCUGGAGGAUGAGAACCUGUCUCUACGUUCAGAGGCGUGUCAUCUGAAGUCUGAGACUGAGACCUAUGAGGAGAAGGAGCAGCAGCUGGUCAACGACUGUGUCAACGAACUCAGGUUGUCCAGUCUCCAGAUCUCUGUCAUAGCGGAGGAGCUGGCUCGUAAGACCGAGGACGCGGCCAGACAGCAGGAGGAGGUCACGCACCUGCUCUCCCAGAUUGUGGACCUGCAGAAGAAGGCCAAAUCUGUUGCAGUGGAGAAUGAGGAGCUUGCUCAGCAUCUGGGGGCAGCUAAGGAUGCCCAGAGACAGCUCACAGCAGAGCUUCAGGAGCUGGAGGAGAAGUACUCAGAGUGCAUCGAGAUGCUUCAUGAGGCUCAGGAGGAGCUGAAGAACCUGAGGAACAGGAACUACCCUGCAGGGACCCCCCGUCGCUUCCACCCCUUGGGCCUCUACCCUAUGGACUCUCUAGCUGCUGAGAUUGAGGGGACCAUGAGGAAGGAACUGAGUAUGGAGGAUCCGGACUGCGAGGAGCAGAAGGUCCACCGAAAGCGUGUGUUUGAGACGGUGAAGAACAUCAACCAGACAGUCAGACAGCGUUCACCAAUCCCGUCCAACGCCAACAUCCCAGGGUCCAAUCAGUCGCUGUCGUCUCGCACCUCCCCCCAUUCCAGCGGCGCGGCCACGCCCAGCCUUUAUGGCGGUGACAUCAGCGGCAACGGCGUUGCACUCGACAACCGCACCCAGAGCAUGCUGAUGGAAACGUCAUCCACCCAGAACAGUGUGGACGGCCGUGACAAGAAGGCCAGCGUGGAGGACCUCAGGCUGGCCCUGCGCAGGCUGUCGCUGCGUCGCCAGAACAACCUGAGCGAGAGGCGCUUCUUCGAGGAGGACCGGGUGCGGAGGAGAGGGGGAGGCGUGCCGGAGGGGGGGCAUGGGGGGGCCAUGACCCCCUCAGACAGCAUCAUGUCCCUGGGUGGUCUCCACCUCUGGGCCUCCCGCCCCUACCUCCCCGACAAGCUGCAGAUCGUCAAACCCCUGGAAGGCUCUGCCACCCUCCACCACUGGCAGCAGUUGGCCCAGCCUCACCUGGGCGUGAUCCUGGACGCCCGGCCAGGGGUGCUGCCUAAGGGCUACAGGCCUCUGGAGCUGGAACAGGUGUGUGUGUACCCAUGGGGGGGCUUUGAGGAUGAUGAACCAGGAGAGCAGUACUUCCAGAGUCUGCCCACGUCCUCUGCCACCUCCUCCCCCGCUCUGCCCUCCAUCACCCCCAACCCUGCCCCACCUGCCAGCCAAGGACCCUCCUCCCCAUCCUCACCCUCACCCCACCUCAGCAACACAGACCCCCUUGUGGUGUACUAUCCUGGGAAGUGCAUGGCCCACACUAGCUCUACCUACACCUUCACCACCUGCAGGAUCCUUCAUCCUACUGAUGAGCUGACACGCGUCACUCCCAGUCUGAACUCUGGCCUGACCACAUCAUCCUGUGUGAUGACCAGUGCUCUGCUGACCACCCCUGCUGUCACGCCCUGCACCCCUCGCCGGCUCAGUCUCAGACCCUCUGAAUCGUCCACUAACCUCAGGGAUGCUACACGCACAACCAGCACCUCUCUGGGGUUAGUGCGCCUCCUACAGGAGAGGGGCAUCUCUGCAGCCAUGUACCAUCAGACACAACCAUGGGACCAUGGCCAAGGCAGCCUGUUCAGCACCUCCGUCGCCCCCAACUUCCCCCGCGGCCCCCUGCCCAACCCCGUGCGCCCCUCGACCCCACCAAACUCUCCCACCAGCCAGAGGGGCUCCGCUCUGCCUCCCGGCAGCACGGCGGAGACCACCCUGGGCUUUGACUUCAAGAGCCCCUCCUAUGACAACUUCCUGGCGUCCAAGCCGGCCCGUUCCAUCCUGAAAGAGGUGACGGGGGGGAGGCGAAGCCGGCAGAGGGGGAGGGACUGCGAGAGUCAGACGGACGUGAGCGUGACCGUCCACAACCUCAACCUGGUUGACAAGGUGAAGCGGCUGGGGGUGGGUGGGAGUCCGGGGGCCAGGGCUGGGAUCCCGAGUCCCAUCAUGGGGCCCCUGGGGGGGCUGAGGAGACCUGGCUCCCCCUUCGGGGAGGGGAUGAGGAGGAACAGGAGCUACCCGGCCAUGGUGGGGGCCAGUAUGGCCAUGAAGGGCCCCGGGCCCCAGGAGGACUCUGAGCUGCUGUUAGCCUCUAGGAUGCCAAAGCAGAGCAGCCUUAAGUAGGGCAAGGGCCAAGAGACAACAGUUAGUAACUGCUGUUUAUGAUCUGGUACUGGUUACUGGCUUCUCUUCCAUUACUGAUAAAGUACACCUAGGUGUAAUGGCCCAACGGUUACACCCAUAUUGCUGCUACCAACUGUUACUCCCUUUACUUACCCUACUGUAACUUUCUGGAGACCCAGACUCUACUGGCUACAUGUAGUAUCCACCCCAUCUCACUAGGUGACUUGCGUAGAAUUUCUAGGAACACAUGCCUUUCUGUCUAAGUAAUAAUGAGCUGUGAGAUGUUUUGGGGUACAUGCAUUACCAAUGUUUAGGGUAAACACACUUUUUUUUUUUUUUACCAAAAAACUGUGUGUGAAGUAUAUAGAUAAUCAAUGAUCCUGUAUUGCUCUAGACUUGUUCUCUCUCUUUCUCUCCCACUACAUCUUUCUCUCAUUCCUCUUCCCUCUCUCUUUUUUCCCCACUCCUUUUUUCUCUCGCCCUCUAUCUUUUUCUCCCUCUCUCUUGUUUUCACUCACUCUCCGUCUCACUUUCUCUCCCUCUCUCAAUCUGUCCCCUUUAAAUGGAACGUCACUUUAAAAACACAUUUUU